UCACCUCCUCCUCGUCCCGCAACGCAAACCAGCAUCGCCGAACGGGUCGCGCCCGCCCGAGCCCGAUAAGCCCGCGAAGCCCAGGCCCACCCGCGAAGCGAUGCGACGGAGGAGAUCGUGAGAUCGCGCGCCGCCGCCGCCCCGCUGCCGCCGGCGAUGACCUCCGCCGUCCUCGCCGGCCGGAAUGAGGUCCACCACGCGCACCCGCACCACCACCGCCACUGGGGCGGCGCCCGCGUCCCCCUCAUGCCCAAGCCGUCCUCCAACCCUAACCCUAGGCGCCACCACCGCCCGGGCCCAAACCCUAUCCCCACAGGCUCGCCGCCGCCGCGGGCCGUCCCGGCGGUCGCGGCCGAGCCCCUGCCGUCGUCAUCGGGGCACGUGAAGUUCAGGCCGUCGGAAAUGACCCCCGCCGAGGCCAGCCUUCUCCGCGCGCGGCUCACCGGCGAGCUCGGCCGCGUCCGCGCUUUCCUCUCCCGCAUCGACUCGUGGCAGGACGGGCAGCGCCGGCGCCGGCGCCCGGAGCCCGAGCACGAGCACGCGCCGGAGCCCCCCGUCGGGCGCCGCUCGUCCCCGCCGCCGGCGCUGGUGGAGGCGAUGCGGAAGCGGUGCGCGGACAUCCUGAUGCGGCUGCGGAGAUCGAAGAAGAGCGUGUGGUUCAACUCCCCCGUCGACGUGGAGGGCCUCAAGCUGCACGACUACCGCGCCAUCAUACGGAGCCCCAUGGAUCUCGGCACCGUCAAGCAGAACCUCACCGCCGGCCGGUACCCUUCCCACGAGGCGUUCGCUGGCGACGUCCGGCUCACCUUCAACAACGCGCUGCGGUACAACCCGCCCGACCACCACGUGCACAGGUACGCCGGCAACCUCCUCGCCUCGUUCGAGGGGAUGUACAAGGAGGCCGUCUCGUGGUUCGAGCAGCAGCGCCAGCAACUCGAGCCACCAAUGCAGCUUGAUCUGCCGCCACCGCCACCACCACAGAUGCCAGUUUCUGUGCCAGUGCAAGCGCCCCAGAGGAUGGGGGGUGGGAGGAGGCCCAAGCCCAAGGCGAGGGAGCCAAACAAGAGGGAGAUGGAUGAGGAGGAGAAGCAGAAGCUGAGGGUGGAGAUUGAGAACCUGCCUGAGGAGAAGAUGCUGAAUGUGCUGCAGAUUGUGCAGAAGAGGAACAGUGAUCCAGCAUUGACGGGGGAGGAGGUGGAGCUUGAUUUUGAUGAGCUGGAUAUCGAGACCCUGUGGGAGCUUGAUCGAUUUGUGGUCAAUUGGAGGAAGGCGCUAAAGAAGAGCCAGCGGAAUUCUAUGAUGAAUGGUGAUGCUGCUGCCAUGAAUGGAGACGCCAUUGAUGUGACAAUUGUUCCGGAUGAUGAUGACAUGGUCGAGGUUGCUGUCAAUCCGUCUGUGGUGGUUGAAAUUGGAGAGUCGGAGACUGACAUUCCAAAGAAGAGGGAAAUGGAAGCGGAGGACGAGUAUGUUGAUAUAGGUGACGAGAUGCCAACGGUGAAUUACCAGUCGGUGGAGAUUGAGCCAGAUUCCCCGGCAGCUAGCAGCUCAAGCGGAUCAGGAAGUGGCUCAUCUUCAUCCAGUGAUUCUGACUCGGACUCUGAAUCUGAUGGGGAUGAUGCAAGCGCCCCGCACUAGGUGGUUGCUCUUUUAUCUGACUGUAGGAUUAGUGAUGAGUAGGUGACUGAGGUUCCAUUGGGUGAGGCAUUUUGAAGAAUGGUAUAGCAAAUUGGAGGGGCUCUUGUUGAUGCAAGUCGUUGUCAGGUGUGUUCGUUUGUGUAUGUGGGUGCAGCUUAGGUUGUCGGUACUUGGUAGUGAAUAGGUAGAUGCUUGGGUAGAUUGGGAGACUACUGUAAAGAAGGGAAUAUAAUCUGGAAUGGAACUAAGAGGAAAAGUAGCAAUGCCUUGGCAUUUCAUUAUGUCUGUUGCUUUCUUUGUACAUGUUUAUUACUGCAGUAGCCGAUCUAUUGUGCA